UUUUUAUCUCAGUCUGUACUUGAUGAGACUUGAGACGCCGUGAAAAGUUCCCUCCCUUCGUUUUUUGGUUUUGUUGUUUGGAAAAAUGGUGAUAAUGGGCUACGUUGAUUGCUGUACUUGACUGAGCUGAAACUUUUGGCAUGCAGAGCUGUGUGAUUAGUAUAUGAUGUUUCUAUGAUCAUUGCAAAAAAGUGGGGGUUUGUGUUUUUUGGGCUUCUAAUUGAAUGCACGUUAAUGGUUUGAUUGGUGGGUGACCAACUAUUUGCCGUGGAGCUACGAGAAGGCUGGAGCCGGAUAAGAAGAAGAUAAUCUAUGGAGGGAGACGCAGGAAGAGAUUUGGGAUGCCAGAAGAUUAUGGAUGGGAAGGAGAGUAAUGGACAUAAUGGUUCACAGAAACCCAUUACUACUGUCCCUGCUUGCUGUCUAAAGGCCAGGGCUUCUUCAGCAGCUGCUGAGCUUGAUGCGAAAUGCCACUCUACUGUUGUUUCUGGGUGGUUCUCAGAAUCUCAAUCCUGCUCUGGCAAAGAUGGGAGAAAGGUUGUUUACUUUAACAACCCUAUGUGGCCUGGAGAAGCACACUCACUGGAAGUGGAGGAAAUUCUGUAUGAGGGGAAGUCAGACUACCAGGAGGUUUUGGUCUUCCAGUCAUCAUCCUAUGGAAAAGUUCUUGUACUCGAUGGCAUCGUUCAGUUGACCGAGAAAGACGAAUGUGCAUACCAGGAAAUGAUAGCUCAUCUCCCACUCUGCUCAAUUCCAUCCCCAAAAGCUGUCCUUGUAGUUGGCGGUGGCGAUGGAGGUGUCCUCAGGGAAAUCUCUCGUCACACAUCAGUGGAGACCAUCGACAUAUGUGAAAUAGAUAAGAUGGUCAUAGAUGUAAGUAAGAAGUUCUUCCCUGAAUUAUCCAUUGGAUUUGAGGACCCUCGUGUUCACCUUCACGUCGGUGAUGCCGUGGAGUUCCUCCAGCAUACUGCUAAAGGGAAGUAUGAUGCAAUAAUUGUUGAUUCUUCGGACCCUGUAGGCCCUGCCCAAGAGCUCGUCGAGAAGCCAUUCUUUGAGACCAUAGCAAGAGCACUGAGGCCCGGUGGAGUCCUCUGCAACAUGGCCGAGAGCAUGUGGCUCCACACGCAUCUCAUCGAGGACAUGAUCUCCAUCUGUCGUGAGACUUUCAAGGGCUCUGUUCACUACGCCUGGGCUAGCGUGCCAACGUACCCGAGUGGGGUGAUUGGAUUCUUGUUGUGCUCCACGGAAGGCCCUGCUGUGGAUUUCUUGAACCCUGUCAACCCAAUUGAGGAGGUGGAAGGAGCAGGGAAACACAAGAGGGAACUUAGGUUCUAUAACUCCGAGAUGCACAGAGCUGCCUUUGCACUGCCCAACUUCUUGAAAAGGGAGGUGAGCCUGCUUCGAGGCGCCCCAGCUCCUUUCCUUGUCAGAGGGCAGCGAAUGUGAUGCACCUGCCGUCGUGUCGUGUCUUAUCGUGCUCGUGCAAGUCCCACGGUGUUAUUAUUAGUAUUUGACGAGUGUAAUAAUAACUAUACUCUCACGAAGUAUACACUUAUUUAUAUUAAUGAUUGAUUGUAAUAUCUUGGAUUGUCAUUAAUAUUUCCAGCAUGGUGUAUUUGAUUUUUCAUUGUCGAAAUUGGAAAAUGUCGUUAAGGUGUCGCUUCG